GAACCUUUUCCUUUUGUCCAGAAUCCAGAUUGCGUCUUUCUUACUUUUUAUUUUCCCUUUUCUUUUUCGUCAGUUUGGAUGAUGGAGAGUUUGGUUGGUCCCACCGUACCGGAAGUAUCGCUUGUCCAAUCGAAAGGCAAAUCUGACUUUAUUAAAAGUUUUGUUGGCGAAUGUUGUGAGCUCUGCCCGUUUCUCAAUCAAUGUUUCCGCUUCACCCAAACGGGGUUCUAAGCCAUAAACUUACUAUUCCUUGCAUAUUUUAAUGGGAAUCUUUGUAUAUUUGGCAAUUCGAAACGUCACCGUGCCCAAAAAACGUACAAUACUCGUCUCUGCUGCCGGCUUUUGUAUUGGGUCGAAGUGGAACCCAUGGCUUUGGCCAUUUAACCACGAGCUUAACCCUGGUUUACGGAUUGCUACUCCUCUGACGUGAGACACAAUAAACGGACAGUCUCACUGAAACGGAGGGGGAAAAGAAGGGGAAAGAGAGUGAUAAUUGAAGAAACAAACGGCACCGUUUUGGUUGGGCGUCCGCCAGUUAGCUCUGGAGUUUGUCAGUGAGAAACAGCUGCGGCUCCGUUGGCUCUUAGUUUCCGGCUAAGCUCUUGCUGGAGUUGGAGCGGAACUGGAGGAUCACGCCUCUGCAACAUUUUCCGGCAACAAUGGCGGUUCUGUGGAUUCUUGUUUUUUCCUUGUCGUUCGCUUUCUCUCACGCUGUGGCUUCCGUUUCGAGAGAUGCAAUGUUGCUUCUUAGCUUUAAGAGCUCCAUUUCUCUUGAUCCAGCUAGUCUUCUCUCUGACUGGAAUUUGUCUACGAAUCAUUGCCACUGGUAUGGAGUCACUUGCGAUCGAUUCUCUGGCAGAGUAGUAGCUUUGAGCAUCACUGGCAGUAUGAGUUCUUCUGGAUUGCCGGAAUUGGGUUACAAUUUCACCGGCAAGGACUCUGUGCUCGUCGGAACCCUAUCGGCUUCCAUUGGAGGCUUAUCAGAGCUUCGCAUUUUAUCUAUUCCUCAUAACGUGUUCUCCGGUGAGAUUCCCGCGGAUGUUGCGAAACUUCAUAAGCUUGAAAUUCUUCAACUUCAAGGAAACAACUUCUCGGGGCGAAUUCCUGACCAGAUAAGCUCUCUUUUGUCUCUACGCAUGCUUAAUUUGUCUUACAAUGUGGUAUCUGGUCAGAUUCCGGACAAAUUGAUCGGUUCUGGAAAGUUAAGAGUCAUUGAUUUAUCGAAUAAUCAGCUCUCUGGUGAAAUUGGAGUUGACAGGUUUAGUGAAUGCGAGUUUCUUGUUCAUUUGAAGCUUUCUCACAACUUUCUGACAGAUAAUAUUCCGGCGGAGAUCGGAAAAUGCUGGAAUUUGAGGACUCUUUUGCUUGACAGUAAUAUUUUUGAAGGUCGGAUUCCGGCUGAGAUUGGCCGUAUCUCCCAACUUCGGGUCUUGGAUGUUUCUAGGAACAGUCUCACCGACGGGAUUCCAAAGGAGCUAGCGAAUUGCCGGGAGCUGUCAGUUAUAGUAUUGACAAAUUUAGAUGAUUUCAGUUCUGCUGAGGACAACUUAGCCGACAGUUCUAGUGGAGAAUUCAAUGCUUUUAUGGGAGGUGUUCCUUAUGAGCUAUUGCUGCUUCCCAAGCUUCAGAUUUUUUGGGCACCUAGAGCAAAUCUUGGUGGACGGUUGCCUAGUAAUUGGAGUGAUUCAUGUUCACUGCGAGCACUCAAUUUGGGGCAGAAUUACAUUAGUGCUGCGGUACCGGAAAGUAUGGGAAAAUGCAAGAACCUUACCUUUUUGGAUUUGAGUUCAAAUGUUUUGGAGGGAUACCUCCCUUUUCAGUGGCUCUUUCCAUGUAUGGUGUACUUUAAUAUCAGUCGAAACAUGUUAACUGGUGUACUUCCAAGGUUUGGAAAGGAGAGUUGUCACAGCAUCAUGGUCUCUUAUGGACAAGCUCCUAUUUUCUUAGAUGUGGAAGAUAUUCAGAAUGCUUACUCUAACAUUCCUGUUUGGGGUUAUCAGAUGAGCACCAUUUUUGGGUCGCUGGUGGAUGAGAAUUUAGUAUUCAUUCAUGACUUUAGUUGGAAUAGAUUCAUUGGUCCAAUACCUUCUUUCUCAAUAGGAGGAGACUUCCUAGCAACAAACCAUAAACCCUCGUACAAAUUGUUCCUGAACAAUAAUGCGCUCAAUGGGUCUCUUCCUGGUGAGCUGGUUUCAAACUGUAAUGAUCUGCAGACCUUUUCAGUUAACUUGAGCACCAACCAGAUAUCAGGUGGAAUUUAUCCGGGGUUGCUUCUUGAUUGUUUACAACUGAAGGAGUUUGAAGCAGCACACAAUCAGAUAAGUGGAUCAAUCGGUCCUGCUUUUGGCAAUCUGAAGAUGCUUCAACGGCUUGACUUACGAGGAAACAGGCUGUCUGGAUCUCUCCCUGGUCAGUUGGGGAUGUUGAAGGAUCUGAAAUGGAUUCUUCUUGGAGGGAACAAUUUAACUGGAGAAAUUCCAUCUCAGCUAGGUCAGUUGACAUCUCUUAUUGUUUUGGAUCUGUCUCGAAAUGGUCUAACAGGUUCUAUACCUGAAAAUUUGACAAAUGCCACAAAUCUUGAAAUUGUGUUGCUCAAUCACAAUAGGCUCGUUGGGGAAAUACCUUCAUCUUUCUCGACCCUUUCCAGUCUUACCGAACUGGAUGUCUCUUUCAAUAACCUUUCGGGUCAUAUACCCCAGCUUCAACACCUGAGUAAUUGUGACUUCUUUAAAGGGAAUCAAUAUCUGCAUCCAUGCCUGGAUCCAUACUCAGCGCCACCAGAUAGGCUUCCAGAUCUCCUUGAGGUCCACAAAGAGUACAGGCAGAGUAAAUUGAAGUCUUUUGUGAUUGCAAUGGUAGCUUCUGCUUCUUUCAUACUUUUUAUUCUCUUAGUAAUGGUUCUUGUCCUUAUUCUUGGGAGGAGAAAGAUUAGUAGACUCACUAGCCUGAGAAGGAAAGUAGUGGUGACUUUUGCAGAUGCUCCAACCGAAGUGAAUUAUGAUAAUGUGGUUAGAGCAACUGGGAAUUUCAGCAUCAGGAACCUAAUUGGUACAGGUGGCUUUGGGUCAACUUACAAGGCAGAAUUGGUCCCAGGUUUCCUAGUGGCUGUGAAAAGGCUCUCAAUAGGCAGAUUUCAAGGCCUUCAACAAUUUGAUGCAGAGAUCAAAACGUUGGGAAGAAUUCGCCACAAGAACCUGGUUACUCUUAUCGGAUAUCAUGUGGGUGAAACUGAGAUGUUCUUGAUUUAUAAUUUUCUUUCUGGAGGAAAUCUUGAAACUUUCAUACAUGAUCGAUCGGGGAAAAAUGUACAGUGGCCAGUGAUCCACAAAAUAGCCCUUCACAUAGCACAGGCCCUUGCUUACCUUCACUACUCCUGCGUUCCUCGGAUAGUUCAUCGAGAUAUCAAACCUAGCAACAUACUGCUGGAUGAGGAACUUAACGCCUACCUUUCAGACUUUGGGUUGGCCAGGCUUCUUGAAGUUUCCGAGACCCAUGCCACUACAGAUGUCGCAGGCACAUUCGGGUAUGUGGCACCAGAAUAUGCAACCACAUGCAGGGUUUCUGACAAAGCCGAUGUUUAUAGCUUCGGUGUUGUGCUCCUAGAACUGAUGUCAGGGAAGAAGUCCCUGGAUCCAUCAUUCUCUGAGUAUGGUAAUGGGUUCAACAUUGUUGCAUGGGCCAAGUUGCUGAUCAAGGAGAGACGUUCUUCAGAGCUUUUCUCUCCAGAAUUGUGGGAAGUUGGGCCCAAGGAGAAUUUGUUGGGGAUGUUAAAACUUGCAUCAACUUGCACAGUAGAGUCUAUUUCCAUUCGGCCAUCAAUGAGACAGGUUGUUGAGAAACUGAAACAGCUGCGUUCCUGAAAACUACUUAUCUUUCAUCAGUUCUUUGGCACUGAACUGUAAUGAAAUCCCAAGGUGCUCCUCUACUGGGAAUUUAUCGUAUUGAGGCAAUACUGGGAUGGAACUAAUGGCUUAGUUUUCAUGGUUUGAUCAUCGUUUCUACACAGAACAAAGGAUUAAUCAGCAGGCUGCUGAGGCAAUGAAGUACAUGAAAUCAUGAAUUUGAUUUAUAGUGCACAAACCAAGCACUGGGUGUUAAAGUUAAACAAUAGGUCUAUGUAUGAAGCAAUACCAUCUCUGCAUCAGAUGUCUUGCUUGACAUGUGGCAGAUAGUUCAUGAGAACAAAUGUUUGCAGUUUUCUUCAGUUGAGAUUUGAGGUUAAAAACAACCUAUCCAAUUUGACUGCUCCAAGCAAAAAUAUGCACACAAUUGAAGAAUUCUUACCACCAAGUGUUGGUCUGGAGAGGCUUGAGAGAAGAAGUAUCAAGCCAUAGAUAUCUGCCAAGGCAUUAGAUGUUUGAAUCACUUACAGAGAUGGAAUGAGUUUGCAUCUCCAAAACAGCAUCAAAUAUUCCAAGCACCCUGUUUUGCCUUGACAAUUUCCUCUGUGGUGGUGCCAAUAGUCUCAUUGGCAUGCUCCAAACUUAUGCAAGAAUACCUUCCAACAUCAUCCUGAGUUCAAAAGUUACUUGCUAAUAAGGGGAAACAUUAGAUUAGCUCUUAAUUUAAUAAACAAGUACUAGUUUUGAUUCCA